UGAAGAUCUCAGGGCCCUAAUAGAAGCUCAACAAAACAUUGAUAGUAUGAUAGCUGACUUGUCCACUGAUGAAGAUGAUGAGGAUGAGUUUGAAGACACUGAUGAACUUGAUACAACUCACCCUGAAUUAGUUGCACUUAUAGGUGAUCUAGAAGAUGACACACCUCCGACAACUAAUGAUUCCAGUGAUUUAACUGCUGAUAUCAAAUACUUGCAAGAUGAUAUUGUAGCAAUCAAUGCUAGUACCCCAAUGGAAUCAGAACCAAGGCCAAAGACAUAUGAAGAAGCAGGAGGCCAGGAUACACUUUAUAUCUCAGAUGAUGAGGAUGUAAACUCAUAUAGAUUGAGGGCAUUAUCUCUCUCACCUGUUACAGUAGACAACUAUGUACUCACUGUUGAAAGAGAAACACCUCCAAUUGCCACAGAGAGUGAGCCUGAUCAGCAUGCAGGACAUUGCAGUUCCAAAUUAGAUUCAAAAGAGGUGAAGGGUACCUCAACUUCACCUAUCCACACUGAUGACCACAGCACAGACACAUAUGAUAUGUUUAGUCCUGUUUCUGUUAAUGAUAGUGACAUAUUGGAUCCAAUGAGAGAGGAGUACAAUAGAAUGAGGGGAAUAAUACAAAAGUCUGCUAGUCCUCAACGUAAACCAAGAUUCCAGCUACCAAAGGAUGACUUUGAAGAGAGCAGUAUAAGUAAAGAAUCAGCUUCACCUGAUGUUGAUUACAGUUUAAGCACCUCCUCAUCUGAUCAAAAUCGUGAAAUCUACCCAACACCAUGUGAAGAGCGAACGAGUAAAAUUGAUGAGCAACAUGUUAGAACACUCAGUGACCGGGAGGUUAAUGUACACAUUGACCGAAUUGUUAAUAGAGAGCAACACUCUUCUGUAGAAGAAGAUCAGUCAGGAAGUGAAAGUGCAGACUCCUUCACAAUUGUAUUCUUGAAAGAAGGUGAGGCUAUUCCAAGUAUUUUAACAAGGACACGCAAUUUGUUGAAGGAUGGUGUUCUGCCUAGAAAUUUUAGUACCAAGACAUGUGACACCCAGACAUAUAUACCAACAAAAGAUGAGUCAAGCCUUACAGAUGAAUCAAGUUUGUCUAAGACAGAAAAUGAGCUCGACACCAUGCAACAACAUUUUGAGGAAAUAUUACAUACACUCAGUGGUGAAGAAGACAAUGUGGACGAAUUAGAUAGAUCACCUACUGAUACAUACACCCAAACAGAUGGUUCACAAUAUGAAAUGAAAGAUGAGGGGGUUGGGACAGAUGCUGCUAUGAGUAAUCUAUCAUCCACUGAGUUAAAUGCUGUAAUGCAGGACAGGGAUUCACUACUCCAGUGGCUUAAUCUCAAUUAUGAUAGGAAUGAUUUAACAGUACAAUUAAUGGAGGCCGAUUUAAUGCAUGGAAUUGGUGAGACUGAUGCACUACUUAAAGCAUUGGAAGAUGAUAUACCAACAUCCGGACUGGCAGAUGCUUUAAGAAGACGAAUCCAGGCUAGAAGACGAACACAGAUUGAAAUAUUCUUGGAGGAAAGAGAGAACAUAAAUAGAGAAAUUAAUAUCUCAUCUUCUGAAAAUGUUAACAGAACCUCACGGACAAGAAACAGAGCAUCUCGUUCUGUUAAUCAGCUACUAGAUCAAAGGAGAACACAUUUCCAGCAAACAGGAGUCCCUGAUUCUGGUGUUCAGGGUGGCAGUGGUAGUCAUUCAGAUAUUGACAAACUACUUCGAGAGUACAAAGAUGUAAGGGAACAAUCAAAAAGAGAAAUAGCAAAGGCCAGAGAAACCCUGAAAGAAAGAACCAAAAAGGAGAAAAAGAAAAUGAAGGAUGAGAUUGAUCAACUUAGAUUGGUUGAGAUGCGUAGGAAACAGUUUGCUGAAAAAGCCAAGGAAGAGAUUAGAAAAGAAAAACACAAUAUUUUGUAUGGCGAAAGAGCCCAGAGUGAAUCACCUGCUAGACCCCGCAGUACAUCACCUGGAAGACGUGCACAAUCUUACACUGAUAGGACAAGAAAUAUAUCUCCUAGUUUAUCAUCAAGAAGCAGGACACCUGACUCGAGAACUUCAUCAUCUGGACAGUGGAAACCAUCAGAGCUAAGAGACAAGUUCAAGAGCAAGAGAAGUCAAUCAGCAGAUAGACGUAAAUCUAAACAUAACACAUUUUCAACUCCAUGUCUGCCACAGAGAAACAGUUUGCAUAGAACAUCCAGUGAUGAAAGACUGCAAUCCCACUCCUUUGAGAAUCUUAGUUCUAGAAGUUGGAGCUCAACCGACUCCUUACAUGAAUAUCUGUCACCACAAAUCUCACCAAGAUUUCCUGCUGUUUCUGGAAGGUGGCGAUCUUCAGAAACACUAGCCAGACCUCUUAGUAGCCAUACUUCAGUCGAAUCUAUUCCAAGAGUAAGUGGUACUGGACGUGCCAGAAGUAUGUCUCCUCAAAGAAGACAUGAUGCAUUUACAAGACGUAUAUCACCAAAUAGACCAGCUAAUUCAGCCCGAGAUUAUGGAAGAGCAUAUGAGCUAUAUAGCCCAAGAACAGGAAGAUCACCUGAAAGGGGGCAUUCUGAUAUUAACCAAGAUGGACAACUUCAACCAAUUUUGGAUGCUGUUGAAAGGGAAAUAUUACACCUUCGAGAAACUUACAGUCAGGGAUCCCACUCAGAGAGUGAAAUGGAAUUUGAUGAUUCUCAGAACUUUGAUGAACUAUGUCAAGCUAUGAAUGUGCAAAGCAGUGUCAGAAGUCAACCGCAGCAGUCACAUACUUCAUCAAGCACUACUGCAAGCUGUUCCCCAAGAGUUAGGGGUGAAAGUCCACAAAGAAGACAUCUGUCCAUGGUCUCUAGAACCUCUCCCAUACAGGAAGAAACUAAUGGUAAUGGUUCAGAAGCUAAAAAACCAUCACUAUCUUCCAAGAUACUGGCUCUCUCUAAAAGUAUUGGUAGUGCAUCAGGGAGACAACCAUCUUCAACUGGCAGGUCUGCUGCACCCUGGAAAAAAUUCAGUCAGAGGAGCAGUCAAGCCUCAUCAGCGGACAGUGAAGAACUAGAUUUGUCUUUAUUCCGAGGAAGGAGUCAAGUUAGAGCAGCCCUAUCUUCUACUACAUCCACGGCAUCAUCAUCAAGUUGCCGGGGCAGAAGUCCUAGCAGAUCCGUGAGAAGAUCCACUGAUAGAAUGUUCAGACUUGAAACUCCAACCACACCAUCGUCACUGUACAGACAUGAACCACCAGAAAGGGAUUUGUCCAGCAUUAGCAUAACUCAACAAGCAGCCAGAGUGACCAGCUCACCAAGUAGUGUAUCAUCUACAACAUUGGAAACAAGGAUAGUGCCUAGACCUGUUGGGUCAAUAUCUACAGAUUAUCAUUGCAUUGGCAAUCAAGCCUCACAGGCGCUGCUAAGUGAGAUUAUCCUUGCUGGGAGGUUUGAUCCAAGACAUCCCCAACAGCCAAGUGAGGCUGGUGGUUGGAGCUUUCAAGGUAUAGAAAGGGAUGUUGUUAUCCUGCGUAAAGAACACACCAACAACCCAGUCCAUAGUUUUAUGGGCAUAGGAAUAAUCCAGGCUCCUGCUAGUUCAGUCUACAACAUCAUUCGAAAUCCAUCAACCAGAUACCUGUAUGACAGAAUGCUGAAGAAGCUGAAAGUAAUAGACAAAGUGUGUGAAAAUGUCCAAAUAGUGUAUAUGCUACAUGAGACCGCUCACUGUUUCCUAAAUCAGAGUAGAGACGUAUGCAUUGUCCAGCAUGAUUCAGUACAGGAUGGCAGAUAUGUUGUAGCCGCCACUUCUGUACAACACCCCAGCUGCCCAUCAACCGAUAGUUCAGUUCGUGCAGAGGUAAUUAGCGCUGGUGCUGUUAUUGAACCUAUCACGAUUGGUAAUAGAGAGUGUUGUAAAGUAUUUUAUAUAACACAGAUUGAUCUGAAAGGAGACCUGCCAAUGAGACUUCUUAAUUUGAUCGCACGGCGACAACCAUUAUGCAUCGCGUACAUGAGAAGUUACAUUGAGAUUGGCGGACAGUAACAAUACCUUGAUUCCUCCAAGUUCAUACGGAGUUGAUGAUAUGAAAAAAUUAAACUGAAUUUGACGUUUAAACCAAAACCCCUGGAUUUUGGUAUACAUGUAUUUUACCAAAAAAUACCAAAUUUCCAUUGGAGGAUUUUGUUGGAAGGGGAAGCCUUACAACAAAUAUGAAUAUUUGUCUACCUGUAGAGAUGGGAAGGUAAACAAGAAACAAAAUGACAAUGACUAUUGAAAAUUUAUAAAGACUGCUGAGUAUUCUGUUCCUUGGUGUUUAAACAGGAUAGUUUUUAAAGGUUUAUAUUGUAAUAUAACAAAGAAUUAAUCUGUGGUACACACAGAAAGUUACACGAUGUUUACUAAGUAUAUUACAAACUAUUGCAAAGUGGUGAUGUCACAAAGAUCGUCUAAUUUGAAUAUACAUAUAUAUAUAUACCACACUCCAGGAGUGAUCACUGGAGAUUUCAUUUACAUUG